AUGGCUGGUGAAGAAGAAGAAGAAGCAAGCAAGCAAGCAGGCAAGCAAGCGCUAUCGGACGCUGUUUAUUGGAUGGAAGUCGGCAGCGGGCAGCAACUCGCAGCAGAGACAGACGCAGAAGACGCUGCAGCAGACAGCUGCAAUACGAGGGCCAGCAACAGCAACAGCAACAGCAACAGCAACAACAACAACAGCAAGGAGACCCGAGCUGCCUCGUCUCGUCCCAUGGAAGCGAAAGACUCACAAGGAGAAGAGAAGCGGCAGAGAAGCGAGCGAGGGCGACCUUGGUUUCUUGUCUCUGGUCUCUGGUCUCUCUGUUUUGCUUUCGCUCGGGCUCGUCUCGACGUCAUCGCGGCCUCUUCGCCUACAAUCUACCUAACUACCUGGCUUCAGACCCUCCCAUCUUCAGCCUCUUUCUGCCUCUUCUGCGUCUUGUGUCUCGUCUUCGUCUCUGCCGUCUUGCUUGCUCACUGCGAAAUAGUUAGCUUCAGAUAA